GCCGCAUUUAGGUUCCGACCCGCAGAGAAGACUACGGAGCUGACGGCCUAUAACGGGAGAGCUGUCUGUGCGCGGCCGGCAGGCGAGUGACUGGUCAUGUCUCUGUCCCACUUGUACCGGGAUGGGGAAGGCCACCUCGAUGAUGAUGAUGAUGAGCGUGAGAACUUUGAGAUCACCGACUGGGACCUCCAGAACGAGUUCAACCCCAACCGGCAGCGCCACUGGCAGACCAAGGAAGAGGCCACCUACGGGGUGUGGGCUGAACGCGACUCAGACGAGGAGAGACCCAGCUUCGGAGGCAAACGAGCCCGAGACUACUCUGCGCCUGUCAGUUUCAUCAGUGCUGGACUCAAGAAAGGAGCAGCUGAGGAGGUGGGCCUGGACGAUUCUGAUGACGAGGAGAGACCUGUCAAGCAGGAGGACUUCCCAAAGGAUUUUGGACCAAAGAAACUAAAAACAGGGGGCAAUUUUAAGCCCAGCCAGAAAGGCUUUGCAGGAGGAAGUAAGUCCUUCAUGGACUUUGGCAGCUGGGAAAGACACACAAGAGGGAUCGGGCAGAAGCUUCUUCAGAAGAUGGGUUACGUCCCUGGGCGGGGCCUUGGGAAGAACGCUCAAGGUAUCAUCAACCCCAUUGAAGCCAAGCAGAGAAAGGGGAAAGGAGCCGUAGGGGCCUAUGGCUCUGAGCGGACCACUCAGUCGCUGCAAGAUUUCCCUGUGGUGGACUCAGAAGAAGAGGCUGAAGAGGAGUUUCAGAAGGAGCUUAGCCAAUGGAGGAAAGACCCCAGUGGAAGCAAGAAGAAACCCAAAUACUCAUACAAGACGGUGGAAGAGCUGAAGGCCAAGGGCAGGAUCAGCAAGAAGCUCACGGCUCCCCAGAAGGAGCUGUCUCAGGUCAAGGUCAUCGACAUGACAGGCCGAGAACAGAAGGUCUACUACAGCUACAGCCAGAUCAGCCACAAGCACAGUGUGCCCGACGACGGGCCACCGUCCAUGUCCCAGCUGCCGCCAGCGCCCGGCAAGGAGGCCAAGAUGCCCGGCUUCGCGCUGUCCGAGCUGGAGCACAACCUGCAGCUGCUCAUCGAGCGCACGGAGCAGGAGAUCAUGCAGAGCGACCGGCAGCUGCAGUACGAGCGCGACAUGGUGCUCACGCUCGCGCACGAGCUGGAGAAGUCUGCCGAGGUCCUGGCUCACGAAGAGCGCGUCAUGAGCAACCUCGCCGAGGUGCUGGCCCUGGUGGAGGAGUGCGAGCGGCGCAUGGAGCCCCAGGCUGCCGACCCCCUCACGCUGGACGAGUGCGUCCACAUCUUUGAGACGCUGACAGAGAAGUACCACGAGGAGUACUGCCUGGCAGACCGCGCGGAGCUGGCGGUGGCCAUUGUCUUCCCGCUCGUGAAGGACUACUUCAAGGAGUGGGACCCCCUGGAGGACGGGACCUACGGCACCCAGAUCAUCUCCAAGUGGAAAACCCUCCUGGAGAAUGACCAUCUGCUGUCCCACAGCAGCCAGGACCUGUCCUCAGACGCCUUUCACAGGCUCAUGUGGGAGGUCUGGAUGCCUUCUGUUCGCAACGUAGUCACUCAGUGGCAGCCCAGGAACUGUGAGCCAAUGGUGGACUUUCUGGACAGCUGGACACACAUCAUUCCAGUGUGGAUCCUGGACAACAUUUUGGACCAGCUUAUCUUCCCCAAGCUGCAGAAGGAGGUGGACAGCUGGAACCCACUGACAGACACUGUUCCCAUUCACUCGUGGAUCCACCCGUGGCUGCCCCUCAUGCAGGCACGCCUGGAACCGCUCUACUCCCCAAUCCGUAGCAAGCUGUCCAGUGCCCUGCAGAAGUGGCACCCCAGUGAUGCCUCAGCCAAGCUCAUCCUGCAGCCAUGGAAGGACGUCUUCACCCCAGGUUCCUGGGAAGCCUUCAUGGUCAAGAACAUUGUGCCCAAGCUGGGCAUGUGUCUCGGCGAGUUGGUCAUCAACCCACACCAGCAGCACAUGGACGCCUUCUAUUGGGUGAUGGACUGGGAAGGCAUGAUCUCCGUCUCCAGCCUGGUGGGGCUCCUGGAGAAGCACUUCUUCCCCAAGUGGCUGCAGGUGCUGUGCUCCUGGCUUAGUAACAGCCCCAAUUAUGAAGAGAUCACCAAGUGGUACCUGGGCUGGAAGUCCAUGUUUUCAGACCAGGUGCUGGCACACCCAUCUGUGAAGGACAAGUUCAAUGAAGCCCUCGACAUCAUGAACAGGGCCGUGUCCUCCAACGUUGGUGCCUACAUGCAGCCUGGGGCUCGGGAGAAUAUCGCCUACCUCACCCACACGGAGAGGAGGAAGGACUUCCAGUACGAGGCCAUGCAGGAGCGCCGAGAGGCCGAGAACAUGGCACAGAGGGGCAUCGGUGUGGCGGCCAGUUCUGUGCCCAUGAACUUCAAGGAUCUAAUCGAGACCAAGGCUGAAGAGCAUAACAUUGUCUUCAUGCCAGUCAUUGGCAAGCGGCAUGAGGGCAAGCAGCUAUACACUUUUGGCCGCAUCGUCAUCUACAUCGACCGUGGUGUGGUGUUCGUGCAGGGUGAGAAGACCUGGGUGCCCACCUCCCUACAGAGCCUCAUUGACAUGGCCAAGUAGACUUGGCUUGGGACCAACGUGCUAUGAAUAAACAGUGCUUUAAAUCAUU